AUGGCGACGCCGACGCCGCUCCUCGAUCCCGUCCCGCCUCUCAAGGCCCAGGGCCCAGAAAGCAAUGUCUCCAUUUCAAACGUCGCUAUCCUCCCCGCUCCAGCGCCCACCCCCAAAGAAGACCAGCCCACACCGCCAAUCCCACAGCAACCCACUAGCACAGUGGUUAUAGUCCACGGCGCGAACCAGGAACAUAUCGUGCAGCUGGUUGCGGAGGUACUGGGGAAGCCAUGGACGAGGGACAUUCGCGCGCGCGACGCAGUUAUCGGAAUUCUAGCGUGCGAUCUAGCGCGGGGCUUGCAAGGAUGUGAGCGAUCGUCGUUAGUCCUCGUGAACACAUACUGUGUGGAAGAUGGGUCUGCGCCGGAGGACUCGCUGAGCGAGAGUUGCGACUAUGAGUUUUUAUAUUCGCAGAGUCCGUUCCUGCGGCGUGAUCUCUCUCGCUUCUUGUCGCUGGUUCUUGGCCAGACCAGGCCACAUGAUGACUUGCGCACGAAGACCCGCACCAACUUUAUCUCGACUACUUUCCCCGAUGUGCAUGCUGCUUUGCCGAACUUAGAUAUUUUGUCUGUUGGGUCGGAUGCUGUGGAGAUCCGUGUUGAUUUGCUAGUUGAGCCGGCUGAGGGGGUCGCUCCGCCUGUUCCGAGUCUUAAGUAUGUUGGACAGCAGUUGAUGCUGUUGAGGCAGCAUACUGAGUUACCGAUUAUCUUUACUGUGAGGUGUACGCGGGAGAACGGGAAGUUUCCGGUUGACGAUCCUGCGCUCUUCUACAAGUACUUGCGGCGGGCGAUUCGGUGGGGAGUCGAGUAUAUUGAUGUUGAAUUGUGGCUGCCGGAAGAUAUCAGACGACAACUGUUUGAGAAGAAGGGCCACAGCAUGAUUCUUUCAGCGUUCCAUGACUUCUCCGGAAACUGGAAAUGGACUUCGGAAGAAGCACAGCGCAUCUUCAAUGAAAGCGCCAAAUACGCUGAUAUCGUCAAAAUGAUUGCCAUGGUCCACACAAUUGAGGAAAACUACGAGCUAGAAUACUUCCGCUCAACAGUCAAAAGUCGCGGCACCGGCCCUCUCCUCUCAGCAGUGAACAUGGGCCAGAUGGGCCAGCUUUCCAGAGCCCUGAACACUGUCUUUUCGCCAAUCACUCACCCCCUCCUUCCCAUGAUUGCAGCCCCGGGCCAACUAACCGCAGCUGAGAUCAACGAAGCCCUGCACAUAAUGGGCCAGCUCCCUAAGCGUGAUCUCUACGCAAUUGGAUCCUUCCGCUCAACCCCACAAUCAAUGUUUAUGGAAAAAUGCCUGAACGAGCUUGGCCUUCCGCACAACCUCUCAUCUGUUGAUAGAGGCCCCAAAGGUUCCAUGGAAUCCAUCCUCUCGCACCCACACUUUGGCGGCGCCUACCUCAACCCCCCAGUAACAAGCGCUACCUCCUACAUCCCAGCAGUGAGCGACGCAGCCCGCGCAAUCGGCUUAGUCGACACCAUCGCCAUGGUCGGUGAUGCAGCGGGUAAAUCCCGGUUCAUUGGAGAAAACGCCGCUUGGAAGGGUAUUCGCGCGACUCUGACGCGUGAAUACGUACCCUCAGCCUACAGCACCCGGGCGGCGAUUAUCCUCGCCGGCUCCGAGGCAGACGCUUCGCCUGCGAUCUUCGCUCUCCGCUCCUUGGACGUUGGCACGAUUUAUACAGUCGGCUUCAAAGCCUCUGGUCCAUUGUCUGCGGGCUUGGAACCCUUCACUUCCAUCCAGUCCGUCAAACUGGUCGAGCAGCCUUUUGUCAUUGUCUCUGCGCUGCCACCUGAGAAAUCGCUGCUCGUGCAGCCGUUAUUACGGCAUUACGGUGUGAAUGGUCGGUCGUCGCCUUCUUCCCGUGGAAAGGUUUAUCUGGAUCUUACUAGUGGGCCGAGGAAGGGUGAUCCCCUUGCUGUUGCUACUGGGGCUGGGUGGACGGCAUAUGGGGCGGAGGAUGUUAGUGCAUGGACGACGGUUGAGACACUUAGGCUGCUUGUUGGGCAGAAUGUGCCAUUUGACUUUGUGCGCAUGGCAUCUGGGAGGCCUUUGUUUUAG